AUGAUCUCCGUCUGGCAUGAAGUGGCGUUUGGGGCAUGGCAAGCUUUCAGGACGGUCGUGCCGGAGCAGCAACACAGAAUACCCAUCUCAUUAAGCACAGGAAUAUACCCAAUUAUGUGCUAUAUUCCUUUCAUAUUCCUGGCCUACCUCGCAAGACGGCCAGAUACAUAUCUAAUGCGUGUCCUGCUCUUGCCGAGUGUCAUUACAUCGAUACUCGUGGCCGCCUACCGAUUUACUUGGGUCCCACCAGAGCUAAACGUGUACAACUGGGGUCAAUGUUGCCUUGCCGCAGUGGCGAUCGCCAAAGCCCUUGAGUUUGGAUUAACUAAGGAAGGCAUGCUGAAGGUUGGUGAAAGCCGACCCGGCGUACUGAAAGGCAAGGCCAAGCUCCUACCAAACGGCACCGCAAACGGGCACGUCCCAGAAGAAUCCGAACAAUCCUCUGGGCAUCCCCUCAUCGCUCCCUGGUUCUACGACGCCAUGGAACUCUCGCACACACUGCGCGGGCUGAAAUGGAAGUUCGGGCAGGGAAUGCAUAUCCCGAAGGAAACGCGGCCGCUCGAGCGCGACGCCUUCCUCCGGGCUACCCUCCUCUCCUUCAUCAAGAACUUCCUUAUGCUUGACUUCCAAGAGUCACUCAUCAAACUCUUCCCCGGUGUCGGCAGUCCUCUCGGUGGCAGCAUGUUCUACUCGUCGCUCUCCCUCCCCGCACGCUUCAUCGUAUCAACGACCGUCCACACCCUCACCGGCUCCGCGAUCCUCUCGGGCUUCAGCAUGGUGUACGAUCUCGUCACACUCAUCGCUGUUUUCUCGUUCGACUCAUCGCCGACGUCCUGGCCGCCGAUCAUGGAUAGGCCAUGGCUCUCGGACUCGAUGCACAUAUUCUGGGCGAGGGACUGGCACCAGCUCCUUCGACAGACAUUCCUCGUGUUCGGGGGUUACCCCGGCAAGUGGCUCGCGGGUGACCUCGGGAUGGUCUUUGGGACCUUCGUCGCGUCGGGGUUGUUCCAUGAAUGGACCAGUUCUGGUGCUGGAGCGGUUGUGGAGAAAAGUUACAGGCAGGAGGAUAGCCUAUGGUUAAUGGAUGGCACCGCCGUGGACUUGGUGGAGGAAUGGUAA